GGAAGCGGGGGGUUUGAAUCUCCCUGGCUGGAUUAUCUCCCUUCAGGGGAAGCUGCCAUCGCCGCCCGGCCUCGGCCCGCGGCCCCUGCGGCCAAGAUGGACCUGGGCAGCGCCGCCCGGAGAGCGGGAGCUGCCCCCGCAACCCCGGCCGCCUGGAGACCUUUCCCCUCCGCCUGCUGCUGCUGCUUCGCCUCGCUCCUGGAUGUGAACAGCUGGCUGCUCUUCUACGGCUUCCUCUACCUGGCUCUCUACGCCCAGGUGUCCCAGUCCAAGUCCUGCGACAAAAUCUCCUGCUUUUCGGGUCAUUGUGUCAACUCCACCUGUGUCUGCGACCAGGGCUGGGUGGGAGACCAGUGCCAACACUGCCAGGGCAGGUUCAAGUUAACAGAACCUUCUGGAUAUUUAACAGAUGGACCCAUAAAUUAUAAAUAUAAAACUAAAUGUACAUGGUUAAUUGAAGGAUACCCAAAUGCGAUACUAAGAUUAAGAUUUAAUCACUUUGCCACAGAAUGUAGUUGGGACCAUAUGUAUGUAUAUGAUGGAGAUUCGAUAUAUGCACCUUUAAUAGCUGUAUUUAGUGGUCUAAUAGUCCCUGAAGUGCGUGGAAAUGAAACUGUUCCUGAAGUAGUUACUACAUCUGGCUAUGCAUUGCUCCACUUUUUUAGUGAUGCUGCUUAUAACCUAACGGGAUUUAACAUUUUUUAUUCAAUUAAUUCCUGUCCUAAUAACUGCUCAGAACACGGGAAGUGUACAACCAGUGUGUCUGUACCAAGCCGGGUAUACUGUGAGUGUGACAAGUAUUGGAAAGGAGAAGCCUGUGAUAUUCCAUACUGUAAAGCCAACUGUGGCAGUCCAGAUCAUGGGUACUGUGAUUUGACAGGAGAGAAGCUGUGUGUUUGCAAUGAUAGCUGGCAAGGUCCAGAUUGUUCUCUGAACGUCCCUUCCACGGAGUCUUACUGGAUUCUCCCAAACGUGAAGCCAUUCAGCCCUUCCGUGGGCCGCGCUUCCCACAAGGCCGUCCUACACGGGAAGUUUAUGUGGGUGAUUGGUGGAUACACUUUUAACUACAGUUCCUUCCAAAUGGUGUUGAACUACAAUUUGGAAAGCAGUAUAUGGAAUGUAGUACCUGUAUCCAAAGGGCCACUCCAGAGAUACGGGCACACUCUUGCUUUGUAUCAGGAAGACAUCUACAUGUAUGGAGGCAAAAUUGAAACAAAUAAUGGCAAUGUUACUGAUGAACUGUGGAUUUUCAACAUACACAGUCAAACAUGGAGCUCCAGAACUCCUGCAGUACUUGUACAUGGCCAGCAAUAUGCUGUGGAAGGUCAUUCAGCACACAUAGUAGAGCUGGACAGCAGAGAUGUGGUUAUGAUUAUAAUUUUUGGAUAUUCUUCCAUAUAUGGUUACACAAGCAUUGUGCAAGAAUACUACAUCAGGUCUAAUUCUUGGCUUGUACCAGAAACAAAAGGUGCAAUUGUGCAAGGUGGAUACGGCCAUACAAGUGUCUAUGAUGAACUGACUAAAUCUAUUUAUGUCCAUGGUGGAUACAAAGCAUUACCUGGCAAUAAAUAUGGAUUGGUGGAUGACCUUUACAGAUAUGAAGUUAAUACGCGGACAUGGACUAUUUUGAAAGAGAGUGGUUUUGCAAGAUACCUUCAUUCAGCUGUCUUAAUCAAUGGAGCUAUGCUCAUUUUCGGUGGAAACACUCAUAAUGAUACUUCACUGAGCAAUGGUGCAAAGUGUUUUUCUGCUGACUUUCUUGCAUAUGAUAUAGCUUGUGACGAAUGGAAGGUUUUACCAAAACCUAAUCUGCAUCGAGAUGUCAACAGAUUUGGUCACACUGCUGUUGUCAGUAAUGGGUCCAUGUAUAUAUUUGGGGGUUUUUCAAGUGUUCUAUUGAAUGACAUCCUCGUGUACAAACCUCCAAACUGUGAGGCAUUCAGAGAUGAAGAGCUGUGUAAAAAUGCUCGUCCAGGAAUAAGAUGCCUGUGGAAUAAAAAACACUGUGAAUCUUGGGAAUCUGGACAUGCUAAUAAUAUCCUUAGAGCAAAAUGUCCUAAGAAAACAGCUGCUGCAGACGACAGAUGUUACCGGUACGCGGACUGUGCGAGCUGCACUGCCAACACAAACGGGUGCCAGUGGUGUGAUGACAAGAAGUGCAUUUCAGCAAACAGUAACUGUAGCAUGUCAGUUAAAAACUACACCAAAUGUCACGUGAGAAAUGAACAGAUCUGCAAUAAACUGACCAGCUGCAAGAGCUGCUCCCUGCACCUGAACUGCCAGUGGGACCAGAGGCAGCAGGAGUGCCAGGCACUACCUGCUCAUCUGUGUGGAGAAAGAUGGAGUCAUAUUGGAGAUGCCUGCCUCCACAUAAAUUCUAGUCGUGAAAGCUAUGACAAUGCUAAGCUGUAUUGCUACAACUUAAGUGGAAAUCUUGCCUCAUUAACAACCUCAAAAGAAGUGGAAUUUGUUCUGGAUGAAAUACAGAAGUAUACACUUCAGAAAAUUUCACCUUGGGUAGGUUUACGCAAGAUCAACAUCUCCUACUGGGGCUGGGAUGACAUGUCUCCUUUUACAAAUACAACCCUGCAGUGGCUUCCUGGAGAGCCAAAUGACUCCGGCUUCUGUGCCUAUCUGGAGAGAGCAGAGGUGGCAGGUCUGAAAGCAAAUCCCUGCACUGCAAUGGCAGAUGGCCUUGUGUGUGAAAAACCUGUUGUCAGUCCCAACCAGAAUGCCAGACCCUGCAAAAAGCCGUGCUCCCUGCGAACAACGUGUUCCAACUGCACGAGCAAUGGUAUGGAAUGUAUGUGGUGCAGCAGCACCAAGAGAUGUGUUGACUCCAAUGCCUAUAUCAUCUCCUUCCCCUAUGGACAGUGCCUGGAAUGGCAAACUGCCACAUGCUCCCCUCAAAACUGCUCUGGACUGAGGACCUGUGGACAGUGUUUGGAACAGCCUGGAUGUGGAUGGUGCAAUGAUCCCAGUAACACUGGUAAAGGACAAUGUUUGGAAGGAUCAUCACGAGGUCCAAUGAAGCCUGUUGGUAAUGAAAUGGUGCUUGAUGCUGGUCUUUGCCCAAAAGAGAAAAAUUACGAGUGGUCUUUUAUCCAGUGUCCAGCUUGCCAGUGUAACGGCCACAGCACCUGCGUCAACAGCAAUGUCUGCGAUCAAUGUAAAAACCUCACAACAGGAAAACAGUGUGAGACGUGCAUGCCAGGAUAUUAUGGGGAUCCCACAAAUGGAGGACAGUGCACAGCUUGCACAUGCAGCGGACAUGCAAAUAUAUGUCACAUGCAAACAGGAAAAUGCUUCUGCACAACUAAGGGAAUCAAAGGAGAUCAGUGUCAACUCUGUGACUCUGAAAAUAGGUAUCUUGGAAAUCCACUUAGGGGAACAUGCUACUACAGCCUUUUGAUUGACUACCAGUUUACCUUCAGCUUAUUACAAGAGGAUGACCGCCAUCACACUGCCAUAAACUUUAUAGCAAAUCCAGAACAGUCAAAUAAAAAUUUGGACAUAUCAAUUAAUGCAUCAAACAACUUCAACCUCAAUAUUACAUGGUCUAUUGGUUCUACAGCUGGAACAAUAUCUGGAGAAGAGAUUCCUGUUGUUUCUAAGGCUAAUAUUAAGGAAUACAGAGACAGCUUUUCCUGUGAAAAAUUUAACUUUCGAAGCAACCCAAACAUCACCUUCUAUGUCUAUGUCAGCAAUUUCUCCUGGCCAAUCAAAAUACAGAUUGCCUUCUCACAGCACAAUACUAUCAUGGAUCUGGUGCAGUUCUUUGUCACCUUCUUCAGUUGUUUCUUAUCCCUACUGCUGGUAGCUGCUGUCGUUUGGAAAAUCAAACAAACCUGUUGGGCUUCUCGACGGAGAGAGCAACUUAUGCGGGAGCGACAGCAGAUGGCCAGCCGCCCCUUUGCUUCUGUCGAUGUAGCACUGGAAGUAGGAGCUGAGCAAACAGACUUUCUACGAGGGCCAUUAGAGGGUGCUCCUAAACCGAUUGCCAUUGAGCCAUGUUCAGGAAACAGAGCCGCAGUCCUGACGGUGUUUUUGUGUCUUCCCAGAGGACCAUCAGGAGUCCCCCCGCCUGGUCAGUCAGGGUUUGUACAUUCCUGGCAUGAAGAACAGGGAUUUUUUAAAAGCAGAACACGCAAUAAGAAAAUAAAAUAUCAUGAAGGAGACUCUCAAAUAAAACUGUGGAAGAGGAAUAAGCACCAAGCAACACGCCUCCCCCACCCCAAAUGCUUAUUAGCACCUUUAAUACAAACAUUGGUAUUAAUGAGAAUUUAACCAAACAUCUCAAAAACUUGUGGCAUGAAUAUAUGUGUAAUGAACAGCCAGCAUCUUUCUUUCCUACACAAAGGAAAGCAUUUAUCAUUGUGGUAACACAAGGGACAGAAAACAAUGCCAAUUCACAAAUAAAAUCUCUCAUGACUUAAUAUUGUUGGUGUGUCCCCUGCGAUCCUAGAAUGAUAAAUAUUUUACCUCCUUUUGUCAGUAUCAGAAGCAUUUUCAUAUGUGGAAUAAAGGUUCAUUCAUUAUGAUCUGCUUUUUUUCCAGAUUACUUUUUCCAAGCUGGUUCAGUAUACAUCAUGCCAAUGAUAUUGUACCAGUUUCCUUGUGGUCAUUUCAAAACUCCACUAGUACCUGUGAUGCUACCAGUUUGAUUUCUAUUUAUGACUGGAGUUUUUUUAUUAUUAUUUAUAUUCUCAAGGCUUUCAGAGUCCUCAUUAUGUCAGAGACUUCAUUACACUGAGAGGUGUACAAAUAUGUACAUAACCUAGCCUACGAGCACUGGAACUGGACAUGCCAGUUGAGUGUCCAUGGAGUGUGAUCUUCUGGGAAGCCCACAGGCAAUGUCUCUUUGGUCUCUCACAUUUUUCCUCAAAGGAGGAUGGAGGUUGUGGACAGUUCUGAGGAGGGGGCAGAAUUUUCCACUAACUCAAGUAGUUUCUGUGCUAUUUCCCCCUGAGAAGUUGCUGUGAGGGGUCAACGCCCAUGAAGUUUAUGCAGAACACAGUAGUCAUUCUAGGUGAAAUGUCUGUAGCUCCAUCCUCAUCCACCUGCCCAAAACCAAUCCAUUCUGGUUUUGCUUAAUAUUGCAAUAUUUCAGUAACUCAAAACACACCUUGAUUUCAAAAUAUGUCUUCUGCAAAUAAUGUCAGUACUCUAAAUAGACUUACAUUAUUUUCAAUGAGGAAUACACAAGCGUUAAGCACGUUAUGUUCUAAGGAGAGCUGUCCUGGCUACAGUGUGAUGCAAGCCCAUCUCUCAUUCAAUGAUGGCAUUAGGAAACAUAGUCAUUGCACUAGACCUAGGCAAACUAGCUAAACACUAUAUUAGCAUGCAUUAGUUAAUUUGUUUGUAGCAAUUUGGAGAUAACAAGCUCAGGAUUUUAAUACAAUUUUUCUUCCCUGGACACAUCUCUUGUCUUCCUAUUUAAACCAGUAUGAAAAGGUCAGUAAACAUUGAAUUUGUAAAUGAAAGCUCUAAAACAGGACUUGAAAGAGCUAGUCUUUUGGGAGGGGGGGAAAGUGUGAAAAAUCAGCUUGUUAAAAUCAGACCUUCAAUUUUGAUCUCUUAACAGGCUCAUAUAUGGUUAACCAUUUUUUUUCCACUAAAAAAAUCUCAUGUCUGGAUCUAAAUCUCAUUUAGUUUAAAACCACUACCCCUUGUCCUAUCACUAUCUGCCCAUGUAAAAUGUUGGUCUCCUGUGACUGAAGCCACAUGAAAAUGUGAAGACUCCAUCAUGACUUCAUCCCAGGGGAAGCACCUAGUUUUGUGAAUUACUGAGCAUAUGCAGCUUCAGCGGAGAACAGCACAGACAUACCUCACCCUAAAAGCUGUUUGUUCUUGCCAGAGCCUCCUGGCCCUACUUCCCUCCCUUUGAAAUCCACCCCAGUGGAUCUGGAGAGGACUUAAACCCCACUGCCUCAGCCUCUGUGGACAUUAAGCAGCUUCAUGCACAGUUUUCACUGUCCCAAAGGAUAGCUGUAUCCUUGAGGCCAUCCCAGUGAGAAAAACACAUUUUUGUCCCUUUUGCAGCAGGAGUAGUGAAAGCACUGUUAAACACAUCAAAGAUGAAAAGUUGCAUGAAAAAUCUGCACUAGUUAGCACACAGCUUUUAAAAUCUCAAAUGGAAAUAUUCUUCUUAAGGCACAUGUGGGAAUCAAAUGAUGAAAUAAAGCUGGCUGUAUUUAGAUUGUUCACAAUCUAUUUCAUUCCUCUUAAAGAAAUAGUUAGGUCGUAGUUCAAAUGUUGAACAGUUAUUUUUAUCUCUCUUUGUAAUAGUGGAUGUGUGUAUUUUUCCUGGAAAAGAAUUGCUCACUGAAAUGAGAAAUCAGGAGGACAAAUAUAUAAAUGAUUAUUAGGAUGUUUGCAGCCUUUAAAACCUACCAUACCAUCAUCUUCUCACACGAGUACAAUCCAAAAUGAUGAAAGACAGUAGAAGGGAAUUAGAGUAGUCUUAGUAACUAACAUCAGAUUCACAAAGAGAAUUCCUGAUUAAUGGAAGUCUAUGUACUAAGUACUUUAUAAAGGCAAUUAAAUAAUGUGGUGGCUGAAGCUUAACAGAAGAAGAAGGAGCAAAAAUAAAAAUGGAAAAUGAAGGGCUAUAUGGAAGGAUGACAUUGGAAAGUAGUGUAGGAAAAAGGCAGGAAUCCUAUAUAUUCCACUGUUGUUAUAUUGAAUGCUUGUCCAGACAAGAUAGAACAAACAAAAAUCAACUCACAGUGUCACACAUCUGGACACAGGCCUUACGGAGGUUUAUAUCAAUCCCUCUUGUCUCUAACUCUUCCCCUUUUGGGGCAUAAUACCUUAUAUUCCUGAACUUUAAGCGUUGCCAAGUCCAAUUUUUCCCCCUACAUUUUAAAAUAGAUGUCAUAAAAUGUGGUGUCCCACCUUUCAGAAGCAAGGUGUAGUUUGCCACUGUUUUCCUGCUUUUUUCAUUCUUUGCACCCAAAAUUGCAGCAAGGAACUAUGCUUUUCAUUAUCACGUUCUUUUCUAUUCUUUAUGAAAAUCAAUGUUUGCUUAUGGCAGCUUCAGAGUCUCAAGUGUAUGGUGUCUAAUGAUAUUGCUUUAAAGUUUUAUAUUAUAUCUUUAUAACUUAGGAUAAUUAUUUAUAGUUGCAAAUCAUAAUGUAGCAGCAUUAUAGGAAACAGAAUGCUGGAUUGCAUUUGAAAGGGAGAGCAGAUUCAGGGUUUAUUAUAUUAUUAUAUUAUUAUGUUAUUAUAUUAGAGAAGGCACUUCAGGGGCUACAGAAGAAAGCAACUCAAAUUGUAGCAGUUCUCAGAAGCUGGGAUAGUACAAAACAGAUUUCAUUCAUAGCACUCUUGUAUCAUUAUCACUGUAUAUAUAGCCAUUAAAGUAUAAUUGAAAUAUAGAAAAUCAGGAAAUAAGGGAACUGAAGCUAAGUUUUUCACAUGUGAUCAAAAAGCAUAUGGGAAAAAAAUAGGGGGGGUGAAGGCCAGCAGUUAAAUAGAAAAUAGAAGACUCCAUGCAAUUUCUGCUUUUAAAAAACAGACAGGAGAUUUAGCAAAAUUGCAGUGAGGGAGUUCUAAUGUCCUACUGAAGGUUUGUUUCUCCUUCAUCACGUAGUAAAAGCUUUUUGAAAAUGCAUAAAUGAAAACUAGCUCCUAAUCACAUCCUGGAAUACAAAGACACUGAGAUGCUUUAUAUGGCACAUCAGGUUUUAAUGAAAAUUUCGGUAAGAGCAAUGCACAGAAUUGCUCUGAAUUUUGUCCGUUGUCUCAAAGAACCAUCCUGACACUGGAAAACUCCAAGCAAUAUGUAUCUCUUAACACAUCUUCUCCCUGGUUUCAUUUAUGCCAUUUCUUACUUGCAUGACUGGUGCUGAGGAUGCGCUGCUGCAGUAACUAUUCAGUAUCUGAUGAUGUAUUUUCAUUGAGUGCCUCUUCAGGGAGCUCACAUUGUUGAGAAAUGGACUUUGUGAGAUUUUCUGGACUGUAUCUUUCACUUGAUUUCUACCUUUAUUUUUCACAUCCAUUUAGUAGCAUGAGUCCUGUUUGACAGGCUAUGAGUUAGAGAUCUUAUUCUGGUGUAUUAAGAGGAGAUGUGCAAAUCAGGCUGAGAUUUAUGCCAAAUUUGAUCUCAAGAGAGGAAUAUUUCGUGGCUCCUGUAUCCCUGGUGAAUGUUGUUUCUAAAAGGAGAAACACGGAACCUGAAUUUGGUGUGUCAGGAGAAUCUUUCUCAGUUUUUUCCAGGGGCACUUAGACGAAUGUUUUAAAUGGCAAAAGUUAUAGUUUGGUAAUCUUUUUACCAGAAUAGAGUUUUUUACUGGAUUGGUUUUGGUUCUGUUUUUUUGGGGUUUUUUUCAAAAAUUUUAAUUUAUUUAAUGGGUGAAUGGGACAGUGAGUGCUACUUGUUGAUUUUGAGUACACAUAGAGCUAGCUAGCAAGCUGUGACUAUGUACUGUCAGUUUUCUAAUUCUUCCUCUCCAAACUAGGACACAUGCCUAGGGCAUGUAAUAUAUUUACAGUGAUACCAGUCAUUGUAUUACUAUCUCACAGUUUCAGGCAUUUGCUCUACCUGCAUAUGUCACACAAACAGAAAUGGUGCUCUUCUGCUAUAAUUUUGCUGAUAUUUAUCUAUAUUGACUGUUCAGGACCAAGUAAGUGUAUGUAAUCAAUUAGGAAUAGUCAGUGUUUAAAAUGGAAUCCUAUUUCCAUACAAUUUGACAGGUCUAAGUCUGUCAUUGUGCCUGUUAUAGUCAUAACACAGUGUUUUCAGUGUAAAAUAGAAGAUUCAGUAAAGAAUAAAUGAGUAGCUGGGUAGUUUACCUGGAUUCUCAUUCAAAAUUAUUCUCCUUCAGUGCUGACCAUAAUUCUGGUAGGGCAAUUUGUAUAAAAUCUUUCAGGCUUUAAAUGUUUUUUUAUGGUGACAACUUUUCAGCAUUUUCCAAGAUUUUCUGCUGGAAUUAAUAAAAAUCAAUGUUCUGUAUAAGCUGAUGCUGGCUCUGCUGAUAGAGCCACCCUAAUAUUGAUAGCAGGGCAUUUGUGUAUUUUUUUUUUCUUUUUCCUUUUCUUUUCUUUUUCAUUGUUCUCAGACAUUAAUUGUACUGAUACUACAAAUACCCUUAUGUCAGAGAUUCUGAGGACCCUAAAGUUGUCACUUUAGUGAUAUAGUUCAAAAUU